AUGACACCACCUGGAAGGCUCUACCUCCUGAGGGUGCGCAGCGCCCCCGUCCUCCUCCUCCUGGGGCUGCUGCUGGGACUGCCGCCUGGGGCCCAGGGGUUUCCUGGUGCCGGCAUCUCACCCUCGGCUGCCCGGACUGCCUACCAGCACCCUCAGAAGCACUUCAUACAAGGCACCCUCAAACCUGCUGCUCAUCUUAUUGGAGACCCCAGCAUCCAGAACUCGCUGCGCUGGAGAGCAAACACGGAUCGUGCCUUCCUCCGCCAUGGCUUCUCUCUGAGCAACAAUUCCCUCCUGGUCCCCACCAGUGGCCUCUACUUUGUCUACUCCCAGGUGGUCUUCUCAGGGGAAGGCUGCUUCCCCAAGGCCACCCCCACCCCACUCUACCUGGCCCAUGAGGUCCAGCUCUUUUCCUCCCAGUACCCCUUCCAUGUGCCUCUCCUCAGUGCUCAGAAGUCUGUGUGCCCAGGGCCACAAGGACCUUGGGUGCGCUCUGUGUACCAGGGAGCUGUGUUCCUGCUUACCCAGGGAGAUCAGCUAUCCACUCACACCGAUGGCAUCUCCCACCUACUCCUCAGCCCCAGUAGUGUCUUCUUUGGAGCCUUCGCUCUGUAG